AUGAUCAUGGAUUCCAGUACUAUUUCAGAGGAAACGAAAGGUCUUAUCGUCAAGGCGCUGGAAGGUUUAGCCAACGAAAGUUGGAAAACACAUGAUGGCGAAUUCCCCACAUUUCCCGAGGAGACUUUUUUAAGCCACAUGAUCGACACCGGCAAAGCCGACUUGAUCAAGUUACAAACUAUAUCUCUACCCGCAUUGCGACAGCAGCUCUUGGGUUUAAUAGAGUCAUUCGAUCUCAGAACUUUGGAUAAAGAGCACAAACCAAAAUACCCUGAUGUCUUAGAGAUCACCCAUCAACUCGGUCCUACCUUGAAUCUAAUCGACACUUCCACCGAGUCCAUCUCUCCCGCUAUUGGGUCGGAGGCAAUGGAAUUACUUAGCAAGGUAGACCAUGACUACGGUAUUGUGAAGAGAUACAGGUGUGAGGAGCUUCGAGCUAGGCUUCAUGUCUUGAUGACCCACAACCUCCGUAAUUUGUUUGGCUCUUAUUGGGAAUUCGUUCAAAGUUGGAAUUUCGUCGGCCCGGCCUCCUCAGACUCUGAUCAUGACUUAGACAUGAUCCGCCUCCGAGAUAGCAUAAUUGAACUUACCGAUGAAUCCUGCCAAGUGAUCGACGAUGAUAUAAUCAAAUGGUCCAAACGAUCCGAUUUUGCCAUUCUACAAAAGACAUGGCAGGAACAAGCCGACGAUUUUAGUGACACUUUGAACUUCAUGGCCCAGCAAAUCGAUUACAACGUCAACUUCAAAAAAAAACCCAAGGAGGGCGCACCCAGAAACAACCCACGUGAAAAUAUCUGGGGCGGAUAUAAUGGAUUUGAUGCCCCAGAAGAUCAAGCUGAAACUGACUCUGAGGACGAUGGGUCAUUACCAGAAUUUAACCUUCUAAAUUUAGAACUCAUUCCGAGUAUCCGGAGUACUAUACCACUUCUCAAAUUAGGCAGAAUAUUCUUUACCAAAUUGUUGGACACCCCCAAAGGUAAACCCCCCUUUUCGCUCAGCGAUCGCCUGAGUUCCUACGAAUUGGAGGAGUUGAAAACGACCACAAUCAGUUUUCGUAUCUGCAUUAUGCAGAUUCUGCACGCCAUUUACGAGGCCGAGGACCUAGCAGGCCUAAACAGUCAAAGGGUAGACAUCAUGCCGCUGUUCGACCAGGGUCCACCACGUGCUCUUGACAAGUCCUUAACGCUAUUAGCAUUUUUUCUUGUGCCCAAACCUUCACAACUUGAUCUUCCUCUUCCUGAAAAUCCUUUUAAAGAAUGGUUUUGUGAAUUUCGAUUUACAUUUUCAACGGCUCUACAACAACUCCGAGAGAACUUAUUCACCUCCGACUCCGAGAGAACUUAUUCACCCGAUGAAAUGUUUUGA